AUGAUUGAUAUCAAGAACUAUCCUCGCUCACUCAGAUCAUUAUCAUUGAUUGGCCAAACACUACCAUUGCCCGCCCUACCCGACUCUCUCACAAAGUUGAACUUUGUUGAGCUCGCCAACGUGCCCGUUCAACAAUUGGUUGGCAAUGCAAUGUUGAGCUCAUCACUGACCUCAUUGUCAUUGAGAGAUAACUUCAAUCAGGAGAUACCGCCACUGGUAUUGCCAAUGAACCUCAAGACCCUGGUGAUGGGUGACAACUUCAAUGAAUCCCUACCAACCGAUGAUCUUGGAUCACUUACUUCCAUAUCGUUUGGAAUAUUGUACAAUCGACCAUUGGCUGACAUACCUCCGAGUGUGACAUCAUUGUCACUGUCAAGCUUACAACAACAGGAUAAUGGCGAUUCAUGUCUGAUUGAUCUGUUGUGUCUUGGUCUUUCAUGCAAGAGAUUAUGGGAGAUAAUGAUUGUGGAACUAAGCCAAAGCAAUCAAACUGGAUUGGCCUGCUUUCUGGACCAGAGCAGCGCGCUCCGAUCGCAAAUACAUCCAACACUCAACACCGCCAACGACUGCCUCAACACUAUAUAUCCGGCCAAGCCUGAACGUUCCCCUCAACGACUAUCGGCUCCAAUCACUGCAUUCAAUCACCGCGAUGGUCUGUGGCUAGGCACAAAGUUCAACCAACAGAUUGUCCUGGGAUCAUUGCCCAGUAUAUUAAUGUCGUUGGAGUUUGGCAGACAGUUCAAUCAACCAUUCAAACCUGGUUCGCUACCUGAUUCCAUCACCAGCCUAAUGUUUGGCAAGGAUUACAAUCAACCUCUAACAGGCUCAGUCUUGCCCUCAUCCCUGCUAUCACUUGUCUUUGGUGACUAUUUCAACCAGGUCAUCAAAACAGACACUCUCCCAUUAUCUCUGACGUCAUUAACCUUUGGUUCAAGCUUCAAUCAACCAAUUGACGAUGCUCUGCCACCUCGCUUAAGCACAUUGAAGCUUGGAGAAAGGUUUGAUCAAGAGCUCACACGACACGACUCCAUCGUCACACUUCAGAUAUCAAUCCAAGGCUACAGAAGGAUUGAUACCAAGAGCUAUCCUCGCUCACUCAGAUCAUUAUCAUUGGUUGGCCUAACACUACCAAUGCCCGCCGUACCCGACACAAUCACCGAGUUGAAUUUCAUUGGCAUUCUACAUGUACCGAUUAAACAGAUGGUUGGCAAGGCACUGGUUCACUCGUCGGUGACCUCACUUACAUUUGGCUAUAUCUUCAAUCAGAAGAUACCACCUAAAGUCUUGCCAAUCAACCUCAAGACCCUGGUGAUUGGUGACAACUUCAAUCGACCAUUGCCAAUGAAUGCACUGAGAUCACUUACAUCCAUAUCGUUUGGAAGAUUGUACGCUCUACCAUUGACCGACAUGCCUCCGAUUGACCUCACACUACACCAUCAGUGA